AUGACAACCAGGUUCAAGAAGAACAGGAAGAAGAGGGGUCACGUCAGCGCCGGACAUGGGCGUAUCGGAAAGCACAGGAAGCAUCCCGGAGGUCGCGGUAACGCCGGAGGCAUGCACCACCACAGGAUCCUCUUCGACAAGUACCAUCCAGGUUACUUCGGUAAAGUUGGUAUGAGGUAUUUCCAUAAGCUCCGCAACAAGUUCCAUUGCCCCAUCGUCAACGUGGACAAGCUCUGGUCAUUGGUCCCCCAGGAAUCCAAGGAUAAGGCCACCAAGGACAACGUUCCCUUGAUCGAUGUCACCCAGUAUGGCUACUUCAAGGUUCUCGGCAAGGGUGUUUUACCGGAAAACCAGCCCGUCGUUGUUAAGGCUAAGCUGAUUUCCAAGAUUGCAGAGAAGAAGAUCAAAGAGGCUGGUGGUGCUGUCGUACUUACUGCUUAG